AUGAUUAUGCAAGCAACAAUAACUUGUUUCGUAUUAUUUGUUCUUUUGUCUAACAUCUACGCUCAAUUCUCUCCUGACAAUGGUCAAAUUCUCGUUAACAAUCCAGAUCCUUCUGAACAUCUAGUACGCAGUGGUGGAGAAACUGCAGCUGCCAAUGAACAAACUAUGUUGAAACAUAUUGGCAAAGUUACUUACAAGAGUCCAGCAUCCCGACCCAUAGAUCAGAAACGAAGUCGUCGACAAAAAAGAGAACAACCGGAUAGUUGUACUAAAUCUUUAUACGAUGAUUUUUAUUAA